UAAUAUUGAGAUGUACAAUACAUUAACUUUUAUUAUUUAUAAUAGUCACUAUAGUCAGAUUAAUAGUAGAAUUUAUAAAAUAAUACGUUUCACUUUAAUAAAUUAUAUAAUAUACUAUGAUACUAUGAUUAUCAUUUUAUCACCUAAUCACAGACCACUCGACCUAACUAUUAAACUAUUAACUAAUUAGUACCUACUACCCGACGUCCUAACUAGUGCCUAAUAUUUGUAAUUCUUCAGCAAGCUGUUGAUUAUAGGUAAUUUCAUAACAAAUAAAAUGUCCAAGAUUGUUGUUAUUGGUUCAUGUAAUACUGAUAUGUUCUUUUAUACAUCAAAAUUGCCUAACCUUGGACAGACUAUACAUGGAAAAAAAUUUACUUUAGACUUUGGUGGUAAGGGAGCAAAUCAAUGUAUUGCUGCACAGAAACUUGGAGCUGAUACUGUAUUUAUUGGUUGUGUUGGAUCAGACAUUUUUGGUAGAGAUAUUAUAAGUAAUUUUGAACGAUGGGGAGUAGACACUCAAUUUAUAACAAAAAAAUCAGUUGAUACAGGAGUAGCACAAAUAAAUGUUACUGAUAACGGAGAGAAUUAUAUCAUUAUAGUAGCUGGAGCUAACAGCACAUUACAAAAAGAGGAUGUGGAUAAAGCAUAUGAUUUAUUACUCAAGGAGACUAGUGUUGUACUAUUUCAAUUUGAAACACCAUUGGAAACAACAGAGUACAUACUUAAUAAGCUUUCUACAGCCAACAGUAAAUGUUGUAAAAUUGUAAAUGGUGCUCCAGCUUAUACAAAUUCUUAUCAGAAUAUACUUAAAUUAGCUGAUAUAUUUUGUGUUAACGAAUCUGAGGCAGAAGUUUAUACAAAUUGUAUAAAGAAAAUUAAUAGUAUUGAAACAGCCAAUGAGGUUUUAUCAUUACUUUUAAAACAAGGAUGUAAAAUUGUAAUAAUUACAUUAGGAUCUCUAGGUGCCGUAUUUGCAUCUAAAGAUGAACGAGAACCACAGUGGGUUAAAGUGCCAAAAAUAGAAAAUCCUAUUGAUACCUCUGGCGCUGGUGAUGCGUUUUUGGGAUCUCUGGCUUAUUUCAUUGUUCAUACACCAAAUUUGAGUUUAUAUGAACAAAUUAGAAGAGCAUGUAUUAUAGCUACUAGGACAGUUCAAUUUCAAGGAACUCAGAAAAGUUAUCCUUUAAAACAUGAUUUACCUGAAGAACUUUUCAAUCAAAAUUAUAUAAAUAUAUAGUAGUACAUAAUUAUUAUUUAUAUUUUAUACAUUUUUAAAAUUAUGUUAUUUCUUAUAACUUUUAAGACUUAAAUGACAACAUAUUAUAAAUUAUCCCAAUAAAAUACUUGAUAUUAUUGUCAAU